UAUUGUUUUUAAAUUUUCAACAUGGCGGGGAUGCAUUUACUUUCAGAUCAAGGUUUACGUUUAGAUGGCCGUAGAGCGAAUGAACUGCGACAAAUACGUUGUAAAUUGGGCGUAUUCAGUCAGCCAGAUGGUAGUGCAUACCUAGAGCAAGGAAAUACGAAGGUAUUAGCAGCUGUAUAUGGCCCUCAUGAGAUCCGAGGAAGUCGAACCAAGUCCCUUCAUGAUAAGGCACUGGUGAACUGUCAAUACAGCAUGGCCACCUUCAGUACAGGUGAACGUAAGCGGCGACCUCGAGGUGACAGGAAAUCACAAGAAAUGUCGAUGCACCUGCGUCAAGCACUUCAGGCAGCCAUUAGGGUAGAAGUAUAUCCACGUUCACAAAUUGACAUCUUUGUUGAGGUUCUUCAGGCAGAUGGAGGAAAUUACUGUGCAUGUGUAAAUGCAGCAACCUUGGCUAUUAUGGAUGCUGGCAUACCCAUGAAAGAAUAUAUGGUUGCCUGCACUGCCAGUCUUGGAAAUGGAGAUGUUCCAUUGGUUGAUAUCAGCCACUUGGAAGAGAACUCAGGUGGUCCAAACUUAACAGUUGCAGCAUUACCACUCUCCGGACAGGUAGCUCUGAUGGAGAUGUCGCAACGCUUUCACCUUGACCACUUACCGAAAGUGGUGGAGUGUGCGCUCCAAGGCUGUCGGGACAUUCAUCAGAUCCUGGAUCAGGCUGUAAGGAGGCACAUUGAGGUGUCAGGUGCAGUGGGGUGGGGAAUUAGACCUCAAGUGAAACUGUAAUUUGUGGACCUGAACUUCAUAUUCUGUACAAAAUAAUUUUGUUUCAACUAAUGGAUGUAAUAUUGCUAUUAGACAGUUAUAAAACUUUAGGCUGAAAUGGAUCGUCUAA